CUUUCCUUUUACUGUAAGUAAAGUUGUAGGGCUAGCAGGAUAUGUAUGUGCCAGUGCCCUUCAAAAGCCACGGAAGGCUUGGCAAGAGCAGAGCAGUGCACUGCUGGCAAACAACUAGCUCUUGAUGCCUAGUUGGCAGCAAAUCCCAGGAAAAUCCUUCAGCUGGGAAAAAGUUACUAAACUCUGCCCUGUUACUGUUGAACUGAUCUUUGAAUGCAGCACUCGCAUGACAGGAGUCUUUGUGAAAAGUCUGCAUUUUUCCUUUUGUCUUAAUGGAUGCUAGGAACUGAAUCCGCAUACCGCUGCACAAACAUGGUCAGAAUUGGGAAUAUACUUGAAAAGCCCUACAAUUCCGGAAAACAGACACAAAACUGAGAGAAGUUUUUUUAAAAGUGAUGGAAAAAGCCUUAAAUCCUGAACAUUCUGCAGAUUAGGAUGAGGACAAGCUAGAAACACAGUUAAAAAUGAACAUUGAAAGCAUAGAGAAACAGGGCUUGCAGCCUCCUAUAAUCAUCAGGGAUGAAAAUGGCAAUAAAUAUGUGUGUAACGCUACUUCGUCAACCUCCCUGAAUGGCGGCACUGUUAGCCACUGCCACCAAGAGCUGGGACAUGAAGACUAUAUCGAAUUUAAGGAUACAAGUGAGGCAGAUAUUUAUUCAAAUCCUCAGAGCACUGAAGCAAAAGAUCUUCAAAAGACUGCCAGUGACUAUAUCUGCAUGGGGACUUCAGAUCUGGAGGCCAUGCACAUCCCUUGUGCAAAGGAACAGUUUUACAUGCAUGCCUUCAAUCAGAAUUUCCAGGAGCCAGAGAACCCUCUCAAAGAGGGUCUUGCAGUAAAGAGUAUCCAGAAUUGCAGUACGGAGGAAUCUGUGCCUUAUUGCCAGGCGGACUUAACGCACCCAGUGCCCCUCGCUGCUGUGGAACUAAACACAACUACUGAAAUCCAAGAUGAUCAUGCCCAAAUGCAACAGGAAGGUGCUAGUUCAAGUGACUCUUUCAUUACCAUUAUAAACCUGGGGGAUACUGUGGGAAGCAAGUGUUAUGAGGUGGGAUGUGCCCCUCAGAUGCCUGCAUAUUCUGGGGACACUUGUGAAACUGUUGCUUACACACACAAUGCUGGUUCCCCUAAGCUAGAUGCCUUUGGCAACCCAAAUAUGAUAAGUGUCAUACAGCUAGAUAGCGGAGUGUUACCUACUUCUCUUUCACUGACAGGAGAUAAGGCCACCAAUUAUAUAGAUUUAGUAUCGCAGAACAGUGAACAGCAGGGAAAGCAGGAUGUUGAAUGUGGUGAUUCUUUCUGUGGGAGCUCACCAGAAAUGGAACCAUUUAAUCGGUUCAAUGAUGAGCACAAGAAAUAUAUGCAUAGCACACCUGAGCAUGAUGAAGCUGAACCUGGAGUUGAUGGCACCAUCAAUGGCAUGUGCCCUCUAGUAAUUGAGAGCUUUGAUGAGCAUUCAGAACAGGAGUCUGACAAAGACAGGGAGAUCUUGACCAAAGCACAAAAUACUUCUAAAGAAGAUCAGGUUUUGCUUGAAGGACACGAUGAUAAAAUGUCCGAGACGCUACACUGUGAUAUACCGAAGUUAGAAAGGGCUGAUUUGGCUGAGCCUAGUUGCCAUGAGACUUUUGUGGUUUUUAGUCCCUCACCUGAUGAACACAACUUGGCUUCUCCACCUCCUGAAGCAGGGUCAACAAAUACAACUUUUGCUGUGUUUGCUACCCCUGAUGAAGUUGGUGAUGGAAUUUCCAAAGGUGGAAAGAAUGGCCACUUGGCGAAAGACCACCCCAGGAGGACAUCAUUGAAAAGUAAUGCUGAACGAGUUGCAGUUAAAUCGCCAAACAGGUCUCCCUUUGCAGCUACCAUAACCAAAGCUAGGAAGGCAGAGAUAGUGAGCUUUCCAAAACCAAACUUUAAAAAUGUCAAGCCAAAAGUUAUGUCCAGGCCUGUGUCUCAGCCAAGAGAAAGUAGUGCAUCGAAAGCAGCUCAAAGAUCUCCUCAGCUGUCUACAGCCUCCUCAUCCUCCCCGUCGUCUUCCCCAAGGCAACCAUCCUCUUCAGCUGCAGCACUGAGGAAAAAAAUAGACUUGGAUAAAGGUACAAAAUCAGAAGCACCAAUGAAUAAAACUCCCAAGCAACAUUUUAAUAAACACCUUCCUAGCCAAGCUGUGCAUGCUGCAACUCAUUCCGAAAACACUUCCCACAAGGCUCUAAAAACAACAGUGUCGAAGCAGAGCAUGGAACAGGUCGACAAGGCAAGAUGCCCUAGUUUGACAUGCUCCCUUGUGGCAGCUCCAUGCUCCCAGGACUCGGGUGGGACAGCGAGCGACAAAAUGGAUAGUGCAGAGUCUUGGGCGCAGCCUUGUGCUUUGAGUCAGGUAUCUCAAGGGGAAGAGAAGCAGAAGCAGAAUGGCUUUUGUGGAAUUCCAGCAGAGCAGUCUGCAAAAGAUACUGCAAACAAAGUUCUCUCGGUUUCUUUGCCUAAAGCAGAGGCAACCCAAGGACAAAGUUUACCCAAGGACAGGCCUGUUGCCGUGAGGAAUAUGCCGGCCUCCAAGAUUGCAUUCCGCUCCAGGAGAGGAAGUGACAGCAAAAAUGGCCACGCAUCUAAAAUUUUAUCUCCUCCAAGAGCAAGAGCAGUCCUGUCGUCAAAUUCUGGAACAGAAACGUGUUCUCCCAAGGGGAGGCUUGCAUCUGUGAAAGUCUUGCCAGGAUCUUGGACCAGUUCUGCUAAGCCGAGUCCCAAAUCAAAAGUGCCUGUCAAAGGACAAGGAAUACGGAGAACACCUAGCAUUUCCUCUGUCAGUAGCACUCAGAGUGACCAAAGUACACGCAGCAAUAAUUCUACAAGUGCCACAAUUAUAAUCAGAAAUGGAGAGUGGCCUUCGAAGUCGUCUUGUCAGAAUGGCACAGCUGAAUCCAUCUUUCUAAAGCCCAUUCCUAGGCCGAGAGUGCUUUCCCUGAAAAGCACCCCAAAAGGAGUGAAAAGCAAGUUGAGCUCAGUGAGCCAAUGUCUGCCAAAAUCUUCUGGGGCACUUCUUCCAGGAAGGAAAACCAGAGAUGCAAGAGGGAAUCAGCAGCUGGGACCUUCAGGACAAAAUGUACCUCGAAGUUUAUUGUCUACAUUCAGUUCUGUUGACAGGGGCAAGCAGAAGAGUCCCAAGAACUCAUUCAUACAAACCCGCAGUUCAUCUAUCGAAGUGCAUCCGCCAGAAACAAAACAACACGAGCUGACACAAUACAAAAAAAAGUGUGAGAACCAAAGUGGACUUAUCCAGCGAUUGAAGAAAUGCUUGGGCAUCAGUCAUCAGAAAUUUGAAGCGUUGGCUAUUGUGAUCCAGCACUUGGAGUCCGAGAGGGAGGAAGUGGUAAAGCAACGUAAAGAGCUGUCGAUAGAACUUGUCAAUCUUCGCGGAGAGUUAGUAACCGCUUCUGCAGCCUAUGAGAAAUUGGAGAAAGGUAGACAUGAACUACAAGCAGCUUACGAAGGAUUUGUGCAGCAGCUGAACCAGCAACACCAAAGAGAUUUGUCUGAACUGGAAGAAAGGCUGAAGCAGUUCUAUACAACAGAAUGCAAAAAACUACAGAGCAUCUGUAUCGAAGAAGCUGAAAAAUACAAAGCACAGCUCCAAGAACAGGUCGACAACUUGAAUAUUACACAUGAAAACUUUAAGCUAGAGCUUGAAACCAGUCAUACGGAAAGGAUAGAUGAGCUGAAGAAGAACCACGAAUUGUCCUUUACAGAGCUCAAGAAUGCCCAGGAAUUAGAAAGAAGGACACUUGAAGAAUCUCUCCAAGAAAAACAACAACUACUAGAGAAAAAGAUUAGUGAAUUACAGAGUGAAAAUGAUUCCCUGAAUGAAAAGCUUAAGUUGGAAGAGCAAAAACGUACAGCCAAAGAAAAAACAAAUAUUAAAAACCCUCAGCUUAUGUAUCUGGAACAAGAACUGGAAAGUUUGAAAGCAGUGCUGGAGAUCAAAAAUGAGAAGCUACAUCAACAAGAUAUCAAAUUGUUGAAGAUGGAAAAACUGGUGGAGAACAAUGCAGCCUUAGUGGAGAAAAUGAGAAAACUUCAGCAGGAGAAUGAAGAAUUAAAAGCCCGGAUGGACAAACACAUGGAGCUUUCCAGGCAACUUUCCACUGAACAGGCAGUUUUGCAAGAGUCUCUGGAGAAAGAAUCAAAGGUAAAUAAGCGCUUGUCAAUGGAAAAUGAAGAACUUCUGUGGAAGCUACACAAUGGAGACCUGUGCAGCCCAAGAAAACUGUCCCCCAGUACUCCACCAAUGCCUUUUCAAUCGCCAAGGAAUUCAGGCUCCUUCUCCAGCCCGACUGUGUCGCCUAGAUGACACCACUGAACGAAGAGACACUCUCCAUACAGGCAUUUCAUUUUUGGUCUGCAGAACUAAAAAACAUGGAUCGAGGGAGCAAAGAGCUAUAUUAGCUGCGCGUGAUUGAAAUAUAACUGGAAAUGACUGUCAUGAGAAAUGGCUGUAACGUAAUGGGAGUUCAUGGCUAGAACUCGAAACAGUGCAUCUCCUUAUUAAAGAAUACAAAAAGACUUCAGUGAUAACUUCUCUGAACAUUGUUGCACAAAGCACUUAAAAGAGCAAGGAAAGUCUUGUUCGGUUUUUUGCCUUUUUUCACCUAACUUUAGGGAGAAAAAAAAUAUGCUCAGGGGCUUAUAAAUAAAAGAUCACAACCUUUAAUACGUUCCUUAUUAUAGACACCUUGAGACGCCGAGUGUGGCAUGAGUGAAUUGGAUGUAUCACACGGUGAGUGUGUUAUGUGUGUGUGAUGCAGCCACCUUUGCUAUGUAUAUUAUAAAGGACAAAAGCUGAAGAAUAAAGUGACAUGUACUUCAUAAAUAAAAUAUUGCCAUUAUGCAUGUUUCAUCAUAGAUUUUUCCCUUCCAUGGGACUAAGGAAAAGCUGCCGCUUGUGCUCUACGUUUUUCCUUAUCUCUCUGCUUCAGUUUAGUCAAAGGAUGAGAUUUUUAUUUGAUUUUUGUCAUUGUCUGCCUACUUGCAUAGUGGAAUUUACGACGAGACCGAUAACCUCUCAUACCACAAAAUAUCAUUCAAAGUAUUUUUAAGCUUCCCCUAGAUAACUAUAUAAGAACGGGGUUUCUUUUCUCACCUAGUUAAAUGUUCUUCCCCCUCCUUUUUUUAGAUAUCUGGUGGUAGAUAGUUCAGACAUGCAGCCCUUUCCAGGGUGACGACAGCUGUGGAGAAUAAUGGUCUGAUUUGACUUGAGAUCACAGAAUUUCACACUAAAGGAAAUAUAUAUAUAUAUUCAGAUGCUAUUAUUAGGAUAGAACAGUAGGAUUGGUUGUGUUCCCACAAUGCACCAAGCCAAACAGCGAAUGUGCAGGCUCCCAGAGAGGAGCUGAAUAGCUAGAAGCUCCUCCCUAAGAGCCCACAUGUUCAUUCAGUUUUGCCUAGCCAAGGGUUCGGCUUAGCAUGUUGUAUGAACACAGCCAUUGUGUACAGCUGCCAGUAGCACUUCCUUGCAUUGCGAAGAACAAACAUCCCGAACUGAUAACUUGUCAAUGUGCACUUUAACCAACUGGCUGCAAGACUCUGCAUUCCCCCAUUUCAUUUAGCAUGAGAUUUUCAGGAAUCAGAAAAAACAAAAACUGAUUAUUUUGCUGACAUGAUAGGUUGAAGAUGUCUGUGUCAUAGGCAACAUUCAGUGCUGCAUUACAAAUCCGAAGAUGACUCACUGCAUGUCUGUUCCUGUUAAUGACCUGUUCAACAUGUAUUCUUGUAUGUACCAAUGCAUUCUUUGUUAUGGUUAAACACUAUCUCUGCUAUCAGAUCUAGAUGGGACUUGGUUAUGUAGUCAUCACUCACACAUCUAAGAUGCACUGGUACCGUCAUUGCUGUUGAAUAAUCAACUUGUUAAUCAAAGCCUGAAAUCACAGGGUUGUAGCUGAUAUGAUGGUUGUACAAGUGAGAGACUCCCACUUUUGCAACUGGACUUGCCCAUCCUCUCCUUUCCACUGCUGCCUCCCAGUACCCUCAAUCUGCUUGAGGGUUGGAGGCACUCUGGAGCAGAUUUUCUGGGGGCACAGAGGGAUGCAGGGUAGAGGAGUGGAAGGUCAUGUUGCACAAGUGAAGACCGACCCACGCAUGCAAUGACAGCAUUGGAUUCAACCCAGUGGUUUGUAGCAAAGAUGUUGACGAUUUGAGAGCUAGGUCUUGAGAUAUCCUUGUCCCCUUCCAUAAAACCGAAGGAGCACUGGGAAAAACGUUAAUAAACUUGGAAAACAAAGUAUCAAACCAAAUGUUUUGUUUAGGGUGCAGAAACAUUGGCUUCAACAGCAGAAGGUUUUAGUUAUUACUGACUGAAAUAUUACUCUGUAAUAUGAAAAAUUCAAGGAUGAAUUAUUUUAAUUUUACAUUGUGUAAAGUGUGCCUCCCCUGUGAAGCAUUUUGCCUGCCCAAACCCAUUUAUGGCACUGUUAUGUAGCUAGAGAUAUCAGCACUUCUAAAUUAACUGUUGUUCAGAGAUUGAUUUAUAUAACUAUGAAAAUCCGCUAUAGGCUGAAACUUGGCUUAAAAGUAUGACUUGGAGCAAUUUAUUUCUUUGGCAAGGUCAUAUUUGAUUAUAUGUACUUGAGUGUUGAAAAUUAAAAUAAAUUUUUUUUACUGGUU